AUUCAUUGCCUCAAAGAUCUUGAAGCCAUUGACAUAUUCUGAUAUAAAAUUUGUUUAAAUUGUGAGUUGAUGGUUGUAUUAGAUCUGAACCAAUUUUCUAGAUCACUUAUUGAACCGCUGUUUCUUCUGGAUUUGACCCGCGUUUUCCCUCAGCGCGUUCAGUCAUGGAUCCUCGGCGAAUUCCGAGUUGCUUCGAUUGAAAACUAGGGAUUUGGCCCAGCUCGAUGUAAAACCGAUUUUAGUCUGAUCGGAUCGGCUGUAGAACCUUGAUACAUGGCCUGCUGGCCUAAUCAGAUUUCGUAUUGCUUGAGAUAACAUAUAUCAAAGAUUCGAGAAGAAAACGAAGGUAAUUGUAGGGUUCUGCAUCCUCACCCUCCAGCCACGAGCAUUUGCGCCGCUGCAUCACUGGGAGAUGUGAAUUCUAGGCACGGUUCGGACAAUAUACCCUGCUUUAAGAAGCGGCAAGAAGUCGUAGCUGUUGCGCAGUGGACAUCAUAUGGAAUAUAGUAUUGGAAGUGUCCAUACUUAGUGGAAACCCUGUGAUGACCUGCAUUCUGUACAGAUCUUCUGCAGCUCUCUUUUCACGUAACAGCCAUGUGCUCAUGAGGAGCUCUUUAUAUCGCCUACCUAAAGCAGCAUGGAAAAGGGACAUACUACAUGUUUGCAUUGGGGUGAUUAGAUCGGAUUGCUUUAUUCUUGGAUUUGGAAUUCGGUGCUUCUCUUCUCAAGAAUCACAGACUUCAGGGAUCACAAAGGAGAAUCUUAAACCGCUGAUGGAUGAAGAGUCUGAUGCAUUUUAUGUUGUUAGGAAGGGUGAUAUUAUUGGCGUCUACAAAAGCUUAAGUGAUUGCCAAGCUCAAGUUAGCUCUUCGGUAUGUGAUCCUUCAGUCAGUGUGUACAAAGGUUACUCAUUACAUAAGGACAGUGAAGACUACCUUGCUUCUCGUGGGUUUAAAGAUGCUUUAUACUCUAUGCAUGCAGCAUAUUUAAAGGAAGAUAUUUUUGGAACUCUUGUGCCUUGUCCUUUCCAGAAUGGAAAUGCAGGACAGCCCGAUGACCAUCCAAUCAAUGUUUAA